AUGCCAGUGCUCUACCUCGUCGUCGUAGUCGCCGCCGUUUCCCUCUCCCUUGUCGUGCCCGCGGUCGCCGAUGAGGCGUACUACAACUACAUUCCCAGCGCGUGCCAGAAGUCCUCCUUCCACUGCGGCGACAGUGUCGACGUGCGCUACCUGUUCUUCCUCGCCAACGCCACCUCCGUCAUCAAAGGGGACACCGCCUACGCAGAGUCCUACUGCGGGUACCCCGGCAUGGCGAUCGCCUGCGAGGGCGGCCGCGCGACCCUGAAGCUCAAGGGCGACAGCUAUGCUGGACAUCGACUACAGCAACCACACCGUGACGGUCACUGA